AUAGGAACUGAUGCACUGUCGACGAAAGAAGGCUAGCGAUUGUUUAGUUCGCACUUUGGAUUCCGAGAAGAGAAAGUCCAAAAUCGGUUUCAGCAAUAUAUUCCGUUGAACUCCCCUUUAAAUGGACAUAUCGUCCAACAAUAGAGACGAAUCAUCGUCAUCCUCUCCUUCUGGGGCAGACGCGUCCUCGGCUUCGGAUGUAAGCGGACAGCGAUGGACUUGCGAGGCAUGCGGUUGCAAUACAAAUAGAGACAGCGAUAGGACAUGUUCCAUUUGUGGUACGAGGCGAGAGAGCGGUAUGUUUAGAUCGAAGUCUAUUUCUUCGUCCCUCGUCUUUUCGUUGAUACAAUCAAUCACGAUCUACGAUUUCACUCGUUUGUGAUGUUCCAGUAUGUUCUGCGGUUUUCAGUUCUGAAACUAGUGAUCAUGUUGCUUGGAAGCAACAUUUGAAUCGCCAAAGCACCACAAUCUUGGGCUGCGCGACUACUAGCACCGAUGAUGUGUUCUAAUUGUUAAUAAUAUGUUUGCUCUGUACUUUCGUCAAUUUAUUCCUGUUCCAGGCACGUCAAUACUAAGAAGAGCAGGGUAUGCAGCAAGAGCUUCUGGAUUGUUUGGAAGGAAUGCGAUCAUAAUGCGACGCAACAUUUUGAAUGACAAUACAGAUGGUAGCGGUAGUGCCCGCGAACUUGCAUUCAGGGUGGAUGAAGAUUACACUGCAUCCCUGGUACGACGGAAUGUUUUGAAUGACAAUAAUGGUGGUAGCAACAGUGAAGAUCAGCAAUUCAACUUUAACUUUGAGGGUGUGUUAAUGGACGACUAUGUCGAUUUCUUGGAAGGUAUGGAUGACACUAUCCAAUUAGGUCCUCCCGAUCCUGAUGAAGAUGAACACGAAGGGCUGUCAAUGGCCGAGGUGGCUGCGGGAGCAGGUGGUGACAGCAGCAGCAACAACAACGUUGCCAAUUAUCGAAGUGCCGCAAUUCGGUUUCGAGUAGCUGCAGCGAUGCGAAGAGCGAGAGCAGAUAACCGAUUCGUUGCUCCUAGCGCAAGAGAAUCGACACAGGGACUUUCACCAGAAGACCUUCUGCACGCUGCAAACAACAACGAUUCUGCUUACCAGCCUAAGUGGAUGGACCUUUCUCAAAUUGGGGGUCGAAUGAGAACUGGCAAUGGGAUAGAAGUUGGAGAAGGGGCGGAACAAAAUGUUGCGUAUCUUCCGCUGGGAUCAGGCGAAGGUCGCGCCUUGAGAGCGCUUGAAGCCUUCCCAAGAAGUCUCCCAUUUGCAUCGUUUUCAUCAGUCUCAUCAUCAACUAUGUCGGCUACAAAUAGCUCUUUUGCAUCAACGUCUAAUCAGGAGCGUAGAAUAAGGCGAGUUUUUGGUU